GCCGGCUCCAUUCAUUCGCGCGGCUCCGCCUCCGGGCUCGGGCUCGGCGGCUCCGGGACGCGGCGGAGAGGAUGGCAUUCCCUGUGGAUUUGCUGGAUAACUGCAGUCAUGAGGAAUUAGAAAGUUCUGCUGAAGAUUACAUGUCAGAUUUAAGGUGUGGGGAUCCUGACAACCCAGAAUAUUUAUCUCUUCUCAGUAUUACGAUUCCCAUUAGCCUCUCAAAUGUAGGCUUUGUACCUCUCUAUGGUGGAGAUCAGACUCAGAAAAUUCUUGCUCUUUUUGCACCUGAGGAUUCACUUACAGCUGUGGCACUUUACCUUGCUGAUCAGUGGUGGGCCAUUGAUGAUAUUGUGAAAACAUCUCUUCCUUCAAGAGAAGGGCUUAAGCAGGUGAGCACUCUUGGGGAAAGAGUGGUUCUGUAUGUUCUCAAUCGAAUUAUUUAUAGAAAACAAGAAAUGGAGAGAAAUGAGAUCCCAUUCCUGUGUCAUAGCAGUACUGAUUAUGCUAAGAUUCUGUGGAGGAAAGGAGAGGCCAUUGGGUUUUAUUCAGUUAAGCCUACAGGAAGCUUAUGUACUUCAUAUGUUACCCAAAGUUACCAACUGCCAGUUCUUGAUACAAUGUUUGUAAGAAAGAAACACAGAGGCAAAGAUUGUGGGCUUCUCAUGUUGGAGGAUUUUGUUGAUUCCUUUACAGAAGAUGCACUUGGAUUGCGCUAUCCACUGUCUUCUCUCAUGUACACAGCUUCCAAGCAAUACGUUGAAAAGUAUCCAGGAGACCAUGAACUCCUUUGGGAAGUUGAAGGUGUUGGAAACUGGUACCAGCGAAUACCAGUUACCAGAGCAUUACAGAGAGAGACUCUUAAAAUCACAGCAGUUUCUCAACAUGAAGCCAAGAGGCCUCUGUCCGGGGAAUGUGCUCUUGCAAUAGAUCCAGAAUAUGAACCGGGUGCUGAAGACAAUCAGUCUAGUGAGAUGCAGCUAACUAUUGAUUCUCUAAAAGAUGCCUUUGCAAGCACUUCUGAAGGCCAUGAUAAAACACCUGUUUCCACUCGUACUCGAAGUGGUCAUCUAAAGCGGCCAAAGAUAGGAAAGCGGUUUCAAGAUGCUGAAUUUAGUAGUUCUCAAGGUGAAGAUGAGAAAACUGUCCAGCCUUUACCUACAGCUUCAAUAAACAAACUGGAGUCUACUGCACGCACUUCAGAGAGCUCAGAAGAAUUCCUGGAAGAAUGUGAGCAGCGAGUGACAGAAUUUGAUGAUGAAAUCAGUGACAAAGAUGCACGGCCUGCACUAGAAACCCAAACUGGCCUGGAGAAACAAGAUGGUGUGAAGGACCCUGAUUUAGAACCUAUGAAUGGUGAGAUAAUGGAUGAUAAUCUUAAGACUUCACUUACAACUGAAGAGGAAGAUUCUACUAGUGAAGGUUUAGAAGAAGAAUUAAAAGUACAGUCUUUUCAUUCUGGUGAAGAUGCUACAAAUCUUGUUCCCUUGGUGGCAGAAUCUUCAAAGCCUGUUGAGGCUGCCGCAAUGGAUAAGACCCGACAUAUAACUGACUCAGAAACGUUGAUGGAUCAAGGCUCAUCUGAUGACAAGGGGCACACGGAAGAGAAACUGUCCCUAGUUUCCAAAAAGAAAGCACAUUUGGGGAGUUCAGACAAUGUUGCUACUAUCUCCAGUGAAGAACGAUCUGAUAGUGGUUUUCCAAACUCUGUGGUAACAGAAGUUUCUGAAGAGCCAGUCUCUGAGAACUUAUCACCGCACACGACUUCCUCAUUGGAAGACCAGGGCGAGGAGGUUGCGUCUGAGCCCCAGGAAAUGUCUACUGCUCUUCCUCAGAGUUCUCUUAUAGAGGUAGAACUUGAGGAUGUGCCAUUCUCUCAGAAUGCAGGACAGAAGAACCAGUCAGAGGAGCAGUCUGAAGCAUCUUCUGAGCAACUCGAUCAGUUCACACAGUCAGCAGAAAAAGCUGUAGAUAGCAGCUCAGAGGAGAUCGAGGUGGAAGUGCCUGUGGUCGACCGGCGGAAUUUAAGAAGGAAGGCCAAAGGGCACAAAGGACCUGCCAAGAAGAAAGCCAAGCUCACCUGAAGGAAGAAAUACGUAUGAUGAAUCCUUUUCUUUGUGACAUAAUUGUUGUUUUUAAACAUGGUAAUUAAUAAACAGCAUGGGGCACAGGACAAAAGUUUCCAAAUUUUCCAUUUGAACUUAUUUACAGUGCAGUUUUUCUCUUCCCUUUAGGAACUAGGAUUCACCAUGGUUUUUAGUUUUGCAGGCUAUAUUGUAUAUAUAAUAAUUUCUUAUUUUUAUUAACCAUGUUUCAAUUUUGGGAAUCCAGAUCAUAUUAUAUUUUUCUUUAGCAAGUGGGACAU